UUGAAGAAAUUAUCUUAGCCUGAAAAUUUAUUUAUCAAAAUCUUAUUUUUGAUUUCACUUUAGUUACUAUUACUCUGUUCUUUCAUGUCCUUCAUUCAACUCCUUCGUGGAUGCACAAGCUCAAAUUCCCUCUUCAAUGGCAAGUCACUCCAUGCUCAGCUACUCAAACUUGGGUGCCAAAAAGCUGACAUUUUUACAAACAAUCACUUGCUCACAAUGUACUUAAAGCUCAAUCAACUUGAUGAUGCCCAACAACUGUUCGACAGAAUGCCUGAACGAAACAUCAUUUCUUGGACAACAUUGAUUUCCACAUAUUCUCAAUUGGGUAUGUCUGAAAAAGCUUUGGGUUGCUUUAGAUCAAUGAAUCUUGAAGAUGGGUUUGGUCCAAAUGGUUAUACUUAUGUUGCUGCUUUAUCAGCUUGUAGUAGUUUAGGUGCUGAAAGAACAGGGAAGGAGUUACAUGGGAGGAUGUUGAAAACUGAGGAAAGUUUAAAUAGUUUUGUGAGUAAUUGUUUGGUUAAUUUUUAUGGGAAAUGUGGGUUGUUGAAAUCAGCUAGGAUUGUUUUUGAUGGAAUUUUGGAACCUAAUUCUGUUACUUGGGCUUCUUUGAUUUCUUGUUAUUUUCAUUGUAGGGAGUAUCAAGAAGGAUUGAACAUGUUCGUGUUGGCAUUGAGGGGAGGGGUGAUAUUGAAUGAGUUUUUCUGUGGGAGUGUUUUGGGUGCUUGUGCUGUGGUAAAAAGUUUGCAACUUGGGAUGCAAAUUCAUGGUUUGAUUGUUAAGUCUAGUUUGGGGAUCGAUCAGUUUGUGGUGACUGGUUUGAUUAAUUUUUACGCUAAAUGUGGUCGAUUGGAAUUGGCACGUCAAGCUUUUGAUGAGGCAGAUGGACCGGAGUUGCAUGCUUGGACUGCGAUUAUUGGAGGUUGUGUGCAGUUAGGGAGUGGAAGAGAGGCCAUUGAACUUUUCUGUAAGUUGCUUUCCUCGGGGUUGAAACCAAGCGAGAGAACAUUUUCAUCAGUUAUUGGAGCUUUUGCUGAUGUAAAAGAACUUAGAGUUGGGAAACAGAUUCAUUCGCGGAUUGUAAAACAGGGAUUCGACUCAUUUAGUUUCGUAUGCAAUGCUUUGUUGGACUUUUACUCCAAAAGUGAAUUAUUUGAGGAAUCAUUAAAGCUCUUUCAAGAAAUGAAAGAACAUGAUGUUGUUAGCUGGAAUACGCUAAUUGCUGGAUGUGUGAGCUCGGGUCGGUAUGAAGAAGCUAUGAGAUUUCUCAGGGAAAUGUUGCUUGAGGGUUUCGAACCGAGCCUAUACACAUACUCAAGCAUUUUGAGCAUUUGUGGAGAUUUACCAGCUAUUGAAUGGGGCAAGCAAACCCAUUGCCGUGUACUAAAGUCUAGAUUUGAUUCCAAUGUGGUUGUUGACAGCGCCCUCGUUGAUAUGUAUACUAAAUGUGGACGACUUGGUUAUGCACGUAGAGUUUUUGACAUCCUUCCCGCGAAAAACUUGAUAUCUUGGAACACCAUGGUUGUAGGAUACGCCCAGCAUGGGUUUGGGAAAGAAGCUUUGGAAAUUUAUGGUAUGAUGCAGAGCAGUGGGGUUAAGCCUAACGACAUUACAUUUCUUGGAGUAUUAUCUGCCUGUGGACACGUUGGACUUUUAGACGAAGGACUUCACCAUUUUACUAGCAUGACUAAGGUGCACGGAAUCAUUCCAAGGACAGAUCACUUAGCUUGUGUAGUCAGUCUAUUCGCACGCAAAGGAAAAACAAAAGAAGCUUAUCGUUUCAUAAAGAGCUUUUCAGGGGAACCGGAUAAGGUAGUGUGGCGUUGUCUCUUGUCUGGUUGCAAAGCUAAUAGAGACUUUGUCUUGGGGAAAUAUGCUGCUGAAAAGAUUCUAGAUAUCGAUCCUGAUGAUACUUCAGCCUACAUUGUAUUAUCUAACAUUUACGCGGAGUUACAGAUGUGGGAUGAAACAGCCAAGAUUAGGAAACUGAUAAAGGCGAAGGCGUUAAAGAAGGAAACUGGACAUAGUUGGAUUGAAUUACAGAACAAAAUGUAUACAUUCUCGGCAUGUAAUAUCAUGUCCCUUCAAGAAAGUUAUCUGCAGCAAGUUUUGACUGGAUUGACAGCCCAAUUGUUAGAUUCAGGCUAUGUCCCUGAUCUCAUGUUUUCACUGAAUUUUGAGGGGCAAGUUAUCUGAUAACUC